CGCUGAUUGGCCCGGCCAUGUUAGCCCUUUUAAAACACAGCCUCCUGUGCGCACGGCCAAAAAUUAUACCCAACGCCCAAAUCGCCGUUCUUCAAGCGCACGGCAAGCUUCCACGACUUCACCAAUAUCUUCAGACUAUUCUACCUUUACCAUGGACGAAAUAGGAGGAACUGUUAGUUAUUACCAGGUUUACUGUCCUCCCGGCGUAAAGCGAUUCCUUGCGACGGGAAGCAGCGCAUUUAUUGGGGAGGUAGACGAUUCAACCGUCUUGAAAUAUCCUCGUGCCCCAGGAGAAGAUAUGACCCGCCUGGAAGUAGAGGGCAAGCUUCUUGAGGUCGUUGGGCAACAUGAGCGGAUUAUAGGGUUCAAGAGCUUCUCCAAGGCCGGCCUCUACCUGGAACGGGCCGUGAACGGAACCGUCGCCUACUACCUGCUGGAGUCUAACAAACCGGCCCCUUCGCUUAAGCUGCGCCUAGCUUGGUGCCGCGAGACUGCUGAGGCAGUCGCGUGGGUUCAUGGCCGCCGCAUAAUUCACUGCGACAUCCAGCCUACUAACCUCCUUCUCGAUGAGGCCUUCCACAUCAAGCUUUCCGAUUUCCAGGGCAAGCAAUUAUCAGAGACCGGCGAUGUGCUGCUAGACGGCUGGAGCGGCGAACCCUGCAGGUUCUACUGCCCCCGCGACGAUCCUUGCGAUGCGGACGUAAAAACGGAUCUCUUCGCGCUAGGCUGCACUAUCUACUUUAUUAUGAUGGGGCAUGCGGUGUUCCCUGACAUUGUCGACGGCGAAGAGGGAUGGCAUAGGAAAGUAAGGGAGAGAUUUGUGAGCAAGCAGUUUCCACAAGACGAACAUGCUUGCAGCGCUAUUACGUUGAAGUGCUGGCAGAAGGAAUAUGAAGCUGCUGAGGACGUGGUUCGGGAUAUCGAGGCGCUAGAAAGGGCGACGUGAUUUUGAAGCAGGGUGACAAGCAUGGUAGCUUGAAGGGAUGAAAGAAACGACUGGGGCCAGGCGAUGCUUAGGAGUGUGGACUGAGAUAUGAGCCAAGAGGCGCGGAAUUUGGGCACUUCUAUACGUUCUCCAGCUGGAGCAAGAUCUCACUCCAUGAUCUGCUGCAAAUCACGGGCUCUGGGGAUUGUCCCGACACAUGGGAUG